UCCUUGUGGCAACAUUCACAGAGGGAAGGUUCUCCUAAGACAAGUCUCUAACCAUGGAGAAAGUGGCGUUAUCUCUUCUGGUAGUAGUUUAUACAACGUUUGGUCACACAGGUGCACAAAAUUCCUCUGGUUACGAAUUUAUCGUCACCUUCCUGGAUACCUAUCUGAUUAGAAAGCCUUUAGGCAAGGAGAUAUUAUUGGCGUCGACGUUACCGCAUGACGUCACCGUCAACGUUACAUUCAAAGAGGACAUAGGCGAGGGCGUGACCGAUAUGAAUGUGACAAUCCCCAGUGACGGUCAAUACAGAAUCUCACUACCACAUAACAUCGUAACGGAGGGAACAGGAAAAUCAAAAAAGAAUAUCCACAUGCUUGGAGAUGCUCCCUUUUCCGUAUUUGCAAUCAACAUUGAAGACCCUUCAACAGACGGUUACCUUGCCCUUCCGGUCAACUCCCUCGGGAUGGACUACUACGCUGUGACAUAUGGCAUAUGCAAAUUUGGUUGUCAGUUUGCCGUGACAUCAGGCUCUGAACCAACUAAUGUCCGCAUCGAACUCCCCUCUCUUGAAAGUGAAUUCCCCGUAUAUUUUGACGGUGUUCUCGUGGAUAUCAAAGGAUCCGUGGCUGUCACCCUUGACAGUUAUGAAACCUUUCAACUAAAGACUAGCCGGGAUCUCACAGGCUCCUACAUACACGCAGACAAGCCUGUUGCAUUUUACAGUGGAAAUUCGAAGACGGGGUAUCCGGGUAAAUGUUGCAGUGAACAUCUGGUAGAACAGAUUCCUUCUGUUCAAACAUGGGGGAGGACGUUCCUAACGCCUGUGACGCCAGGACGUCAAAACUUUCUCAUAGACUUCUACAGAAUCAUCACCAGCGCACCCAACACCACGGUAACCUUGCCCAGUGAUACAAUAUUCCUGGAGAAUGAAGGCAGCUUUGCUGAAUUCAACCUCAGUUCCGAAUUAAUGUUCUCGGUGUCCGCUGAUGAGCCAGUAUUGUUGGUGAAGUUUGUUGUCGGGGACCACAAGAAGAGUCCUACAGAUCCCUGCAUGCUGCUGGUUAUUCCUGUAGAACAGUGGAUAACCGAGACCGUUGCGACUCUCCAUGAGAGAUAUGGCGUCAAUUAUGUCGUCAUCACGGGCACUUCUGAUCUCCGAGAAACCUUGACUCUGAAUGGACAAGCCAUGCCAGAGGAGACGGUGUGGCUGUACCACAAUGAAUCCGGUCUUGUCGGAGCGUAUCUCUUACUGACUAAUGAAACAACCGUCAUCAGGGUGACUGGUUCCACGACCUUUUCUGCCUAUUUAAUGAGUGGACGACACAUAGAAAGUUACUGCAUGCCUGUUGGAAUGAGACUACUUCCCAUCAAUACGAAUUGGGCCAGGACUAUUCCACCCGCUUACAACCCGUGUCUUGGACUCUACAACGAAUCCCAUUGGCAGGAUAAGUAUUCAAAGAUCACCACAGAAUCGAUAAGGACAACCAGCCAGGAAUGUCCUACAAAUGCUGCCACAACAUCUACGACAACAACAUCAACUUCGACUGUGACGACCUCCACCUCAACACAGAUGUCAACACAGGUAUCCACGGAGCAGUUGCAAGUUGUGCUUGCAAGGAUAGAGAAGGAACUUAGGCUAUACCCUCCUGGUACUUCCGCUUUUCGCCGGAACAUGCGCAGUUACACUGUGAACGAUUACGUCAGUGAAGUCAUGGGAUGGGUUGCGGUGGGGAUAUUAUGCUUCAUAUUUCUCGUGUUUUUGUGUAUUGACAGAGAAAGACUUGUGAGAGACUUUUUUGGCGGAGUCCAGCCUGAUGACUCCAGGGUUUGAGGUAGACAAGGAAUGGCGAGCAGGAGAACAAAGAAACUUAAGUACU